AUGGCUCGCUCGCCCAGCCCAACCAACGACCAGCGCUCGCCAGCCAUAGACCACCUCUCCCACUCGCAGACCUCGGACGACCCCCUCGCCCUCGUACAUACCUCUCUCUCUCUCAUCGACUCGGGCAUCGACCUCCUAUCCCACCUAAGUGACGACGGGCAGCUUACCCACGCGUCCGUCCUAAUCCCCGGUGGCAGUGUGGGGAAGCAUUUCCGGCACGUCGCCGAGACGUUUGACGCGCUCCUCGCCGCCCUCGAUCCCGAGUACUAUGGCCAUACUACGUGUAACCAUGGUGGUAUUCCCACAGUCGACUACGAUAUCCUUCUCCCUCCCUCUCGUGGGGCCGUUGCGCGCGAUCUCGAUACUUGUCGCGCCGCGAUGGGAAAGGUUCGCGCUGGGCUCGAGGCGAUGACUGAGGGGGAGCUGGGCCGUGAGGUCGACGUGCUGGCGGUUACGCCCAGUCGGCAGUGUAUGCGCUCUACGCUGGCGCGUGAGCUAUGGUUCUGUGCGCUCCACGCCAUCCACCACUACACCAUGAUUCGCACUAUUUGCGUGCACGAGCUCGGUAUCGCCCUGCCCGUCGAGUUUGGCACCGCGCCCGCGACGCUCCUCCUCCGCCCGCGUGGAUGGAAGCCGCCCGCUGAGGUGUGGAAGGCCAAGCUCUAG